AGUGGUUCAAUCGUGCGCGCACAACUGUGGAGUUCCUCACCGGGAGGGGGGAAACGUGUUAGCGCCUUAUUUUUACUCUAGCUUUGGUUGUAAUUAGCCACACGGUUGGAAGAACGUCAAUAUACGUUCUUGAUACAGCGGGCUGCGAGUGUGUUGACGCCGAGCUGAAGGGUUUGACGCCUGUCUGCGCUGGGCGAAUUGGCGCGACCUGCGUCUCGAGGAGAGCGGAGUCGCGAGGCGCAGUUGCCCUGAGAGCACACAGGCGGUUGCUAACAAGUAGUUAGCAAGACACCCAGUUAGCCUGCCCGCUAGCCGUCUCUCCCUGCUGCCACGCUAAGUCCCACCCUCAGCAAGUGCGUGGACGUCGCAAGAGGCUGCAGCGCUGAAGUCGAGGGCUUUUUCCUGUCAACUUAGCCAGCGUCGCUAAACAGCUGGCUGGCGAGACAAAACCACCCCUGUACACGUUAGCUAGGCGAAGCUAACACAAAAUCGCUGGCGUUUCGUGGUACGGGUGUCUUCAGUGGAGGGACUCGCGGUCGAUAACACUGGCAACGAGACUGGUUCAAAAAGAAGAGGCGAAACAAGAGAGAACAAGGAAGACACCGUGAAGGAGGGGACUGGCUAGUUUAGCCGGGGAGACGGAAUCAUACAUUGCAAACGCUGCCAUCUAGCCACACACAACCAUGAGUAUUGAGAUACCAGUGGGGUUGACAGAACUGCUGCAGGGCUACACUGUGGAGGUGCUACGACAAAGGCCAUCAGACCUGGUGGAUUUUGCAGUACAGUAUUUCACUCGUUUGCGGGACACCAGAAGUCAGGAUGGCUCCAGUGUUGGUGGGAAGAUGGGGAAAGGAGUGAUGUUUGAUGGGGAACCAAUGCAGACAGAGUCCAACGGAGAUGAUGACGAAGAUGACGAUUCUGACUUUGAGCCUCCACCACCCAGCAGAUUCAACAGGAGAGUGUCAGUCUGUGCAGAGGCAUUCAACCCAGAUGAGGAUGACGAGGACACAGAGCCCAGAGUGGUUCACCCAAAAACAGAUGAACAGCGCUGUCGACUGCAGGAAGCCUGUCGAGACAUCCUACUUUUCAAAACACUAGAUCAGGAGCAGUUCUCACAGGUGCUGGACGCCAUGUUUGAGUUACUAGUCGAGCCCCAGGAGCACGUCAUUGACCAGGGAGAUGAUGGAGACAACUUCUAUGUCAUAGAGAGGGGUGUGUAUGACAUAGUGGUAUCAGGCAAAUGCGUGGGUCAUUAUGACAAUAAGGGCAGCUUCGGGGAGCUGGCACUCAUGUACAACACUCCACGCGCCGCCACCAUCAUCGCCACCCAGUCAGGGGCACUAUGGGGUCUGGACCGAGCCACCUUUCGUAGACUCAUUGUGAAGAACAAUGCUAAGAAGAGGAGGAUGUACGAGUCUUUCAUUGAAUCUGUGCCCUUACUCAAAUCACUAGAGGCGAAUGAAAGGAUGAAGAUAGUGGAUGUAUUAGGAGCAAAGCAGUUUUCGGAUGGUGAACGUAUCAUUACACAGGGAGACAAAGCUGACUGCUUCUAUGUUGUAGAGUCUGGGGAUGUCAAGAUUAUGAUGAAGAGUAAAACGAAGGCAGACCACGCAGACAAUGCGGAGGUGGAGAUAACGCGCUGUAGCAGGGGUCAGUACUUUGGGGAGCUGGCCUUGGUCACCAACAAGCCCCGGGCCGCAUCAGCUUACGCAGUGGGUGAUGUCAAGUGUUUGGUAAUAGACGUGCAGGCAUUUGAACGCCUCCUGGGUUCCUGUAAGGAAAUCAUGAAGAGGAACAUCGCUCACUAUGAGGAGCAGCUGGUGGCCCUGUUUGGCUCUAGCAUGGACCUGAGAGACUGAGCCUCCCACACCACCCUCCGUGCCUUCUAUAUACACACACACACACAUACACACAAAUAUACAUACAUUUAUACAUCCCCUCUCGCCACACACAAUAGAUAUUCAGACCCAUAUUAAGCUUUACACAGCUGUACAAAAAACUAAAUAAAAACCUUCAUCUGCAGGUACAUAAUUAUGAAUGAACUCAUCCUCUCCUCCCAUCUCUCACUUUCUCAUUCUGUCUGUCUCUCUUUAUCUUUAUCUCUCACUCUCUCACACAUAGAUUAUAAUGCACACACACUUAAUUAGGCACUGAGAGACACCCACUUCAGUUAGUCUGCCCAUUCUCAUACAUGUACUAGCUCAGCACACUCCAGGAUAAGCUCACUUUAUUGAUACACACACAGAGUAGGCUCAAUGCACCUUGCUACUUGAGCCACCUAUAUUCUCUAUGAAUGUCUUUGCUGUGAUUACCUUAAUACAGGUAAAGCAGUGGAAGGACAAAAAAUAACCACAUACACUCCAUAUACAUGUUUGAAAACACGUCCUCAUGCUUCAUAUGUGCAGGCUUUAUAUUCACACAAGCACUUAAACAACUCUGUUGUUCCAACAAGCCUCAGCCAAGGACACAUAAACACACACACACACAAACAGUGGUACAGAUAUUCAAAAAAACACAGGCUACAACAGUUGCAAAAACAGACACAUUGUGGUAAGAUGGAGAUAAAAACUUUCACAAUCUCUCAAAAGGAAAAAAAAAUCAAAUGCAAAAAAGAGAGAAAACUUUAAAGAAGACAGAUAUGUUUUAGAAAUGUUUUAUGAAUAUAAAAACAGAAGCUUUGAUAAAAUAUUAUUUAAGUAAAAAAAAAAAGUGUUUCCUCUUUGGGAGAACGGGGUGCAGAACUUUGAGCGUGCUCCAUUUCUUCCUCUGCUGUUGUUGAUUGAGUUGAGUUAGUGCUGGUGAUUAUUGCAGUACCACAGAAGAAGCAGUGAAAACGAUAACAACCCUAAGUUUUCUGGGCCAUUGUUAUUCUCAUUGAUGCCACAUUUCAUUGUAUUGAAUUAAUAAUUAAUGUAUUAUUAUAUAUUCAUUUAUUAUGUUUUUGUUUUACUUUGACCAAUUCUGAGAAAAUUAACCAUCCAUCUCUGACAAAAUGUAAAAACAAAGAAAUUCGAGUAAAACUAUUAGUGCUUAUUUCUCGAUUAUCCUUGAAUGAGUUGUCCUGGAUACGAAAAUGAAAAAAUAAAGCAAACAUUUUGUUAAAAGGUU